AGAGAGAAGAGAAAUGUGGGCAUGGAAGUAUCAAGAUUAAGCAACCGUUCAGCAGGCUGUGAAAUUGACCACAGGAAGCCGGGACUCCCGUACUCCUGGUCUGAACACGACCAGCAGGUGCAGACAGCACCGUUUAAGGAGUCGGCCAACUUGAAGGCGAUUUCUAUUUAAAAAUGGAAAGUCUCCAGAACAGCGUGAAAAAGAAAGCGACUGAAAGGCAUUAUAAAGCUGAAGUACUAAUUACAGGCGAGCAAUUAAGGCUUCGCCUGCACGAUGGAAAAUUAAUCAAAGACCGUCGCUAUAAUCUACGAACCUAUCCAAACUGCUUUGUUGCAAAAGAGUUAACUGAUUGGUUGAUAGACCAUAAAGAAGCUCCUGACAGGGAAACAGCCAUAAAGCUAAUGCAAAGGUUAAUGGAUCAUAACAUCAUUCAUCAUGUUUGCGAUGGAUAUUCAGAGUUCAAGGAUGCAAAACUUCUUUACAGAUUCCGUAAAGAUGAUGGAACAUUUCCCUUAAGCAAGGAGGUGAAGGUGUUCAUGAGAGGUCAAAGCUUGUAUGAAAAGCUUAUUAAUUCUGAGAAUACAAUUAUGAAAUUGCAAGAGGAAAAUGGAGUAAAGUACCAACGUAGUGUUUCUGGCUGUGAAAUCAUUGACUGGCUGAUAAAAGAAGGGGAAGCUUCUUCAAGGAAAGAAGCAGUGGAGCUUUGCCGACGAGAGCUUGAACAUGGAAUCAUUCAACAUGUUUCGAAUCGCCACCACUUUUUUGACAGUAACUUGCUCUACCAGUUCCGCAUAAACUUUCGUCGAAGACGGCGACUGACUGAGCUCUUAAAUGAAAGCUCGUGGAUGGCACAAGAAUCCCAUGACAGUCCUUUCUGCCUGCGAAAGCUGAAUCCAGAACAGGACGGUUCCAGUUUUCUCUCAGUGCAAACCAAUAAAGAAAUAAAGGUGGUAUCAGCAGUGCGUCGGAGCAGCAUUACCUCCACCGUCACAGGAACUACAGCCUUUUACAAUACAACUCCAAGUCUUGCCUGUGUGCCUUCAGUGGAAUGUAACCCCAAAUCAGUGUUGAAGAGACCAGUCACUAAUGAAGAACUCCUGUCACCAGGAGCACCUUACUUAAAGAAAACACUAACAAUUGUGGGUGAUGCAGUGGGAUGGGGUUUUGUGGUGCGAGGAGGAAGACCAUGUUACAUCCAAGCUGUGGAUCCGGGAGGGCCAGCUGCAGCAGCUGGAAUAAAGGUCAGACAGUUCGUUGUUUCUGUGAACAGUAUGCAUGUAAUGCAAUUGGACUACAAAACCGUCAGCAACAUAAUCAUGACAGGACCUCGCACUCUGGUGAUGGAAGUUAUGGAAAUGAUUGAAUGAUGUGUGCUUGUUCAAAAAGUCAGUUGUUGACUACUUUGUUUAGACUUUUGAGAAUAUAUAGUUUCAAACACACUUGCCUAGAAAUCAGUGAUGAAGAUCUUGGCCAGCAAAACUUAGUUAUCAUUUAAUUCCGUUCAAGUAUGUUAGUAUUUGUCCCCUGUUAACUUUGACUGUAAUUUCUAUGUUGAAAAUCAAUGGCUGGAAUACAUUUUAACUACAUCAAUUCUGUUUUUGAUGUAUGUUUAUAAUUUUUGUUUGCUCAUUGUGCAUUGUGAAGCAUGGAUUAGAGCAACAACUACUGUUAAUAGAUAUUACCAAUUUUCUUCAAAUUGUAUAAGGUUAAUUUGUAAAAUUUGCAGAUCCAAUUAAGUGUAUUUGUAUAAACUGAGCUAUUUUACUGGCAUCCACUGUAACCUUUAUUGGAAUGUGACACUCAACAAGAAGUAAAGACUUCCUCUCUCCCCUACCCCAUUGCAACGAUGUUGGAGCCCAGCCAGAUCGGAAGCUCCAAGGUCACUAUGCCUUACUACAAAGAAAAAGUGGCUCUGUUCCAAGUUUUCAAGUCACCACAGAAAACAAUCCAUGCUUAUUUGAGCAAGGAGCUCACAGAAUUUAGUUUUAACCCAUUUCAUUCAAAAUCGGAAAGUUGUUUUCUCUCACGAUGUUAUGUGCUUAGUUGCCAGCUUUUUGACCUAGAACAAGAAAAUACAACAAAAUACCUGUUUUAGGUACCCAUUCCUUCAUUUUCCAAUUUGAUGAUCUAACUAAUCAGAGGCAGUUGUACAUUUUCAUUGAAGUCUUCACUUUACAGGUAUACAAUUCAGAACCCUUACUUGUAUCUCCAUCUUUGAUAUCAUAAGGAGGAAAAGAAAAAUUAUUAUGUUGCCAAGUUCAUUCUCAUAUUCUCACUACACUGAGCAAAGUACUUCAAGUGCGGUCUUAAAAGUGUAAAGAAAGAUUAACCUAUGAUUUUGUACAAACCUCUAGUUCAAUUCCUUGAUUUUCAAGUGUGAGAAGAAGAUCUUUGCACCAUGAUUUUUGUAUGUAGUUGGGAUUUUGUCCCUCUGAGUUUUAAAUGAUACCUGCAGCUCCGUGGAUAUGUACCAAGUUCAAUAAGAUUUUAAAUGCACCUAGUAGAGUGAUAGCAAAUUUGCUACAGAAACCCAACUGGAAUGAAUGUACAAUGGGACAUGAUACUAGAGUCCAUCCCUUUUCAUUGCCAGACUUCAUUUCAACAUAUGAAUCCUGUAUCCUGACUAAAUAACCCAGGAGUUUAUACCUUUCAGAGCAACAAGUCUGGUGGAAUUCCAGGAGUCCUAAGGGAUAAAGAGAACAAAUGCCUGCUAUUAAGCCCCCUAGGUUGCAGGAGGCAGGUAACUGGGUGACUGUCAGGAGAAGGAGAGGAAAUGGGCAGAGUAACCCUGUGGUUAUUUCCCUCAAUAAUAAGUACACCACUUUGGACACUUUUGAGGGGGUCAAUUAACUGGGGGGAUCUGCAGUGACCAGGUCUUUGGAACUGAGUCUGGCUCCGUGGCUCAGAAGACAACAGAAGUGAAGAUGAAUGCAGUGGUGAUAUAAGAUUCCAUAGUCAGAUAGAGACACCUGAAUGGUAUGUUGUCUCCUAGGUGCCAGGGUCAGGGUUGUCUCAGAUUGGGUUCAUCGCAUUCUAAAGGGAGGGGAUGAACAGCCAGAUGUAAUGGUACAUAUUGAUACCAAUGACCCUAGAUAGGAAAGGUGAAGAGGUCCUGAGGAUAGAUUUUAGCAAGCAAGAGAAUAGUAAGCUCUGGAUUGUUGUUUGUGCCAUGUUCCAGUGAAGGCAGGAAUAGGAUGAUUUGGCAAAUGAAUGUGUGGCUGAGGAACGGAUGCAGGUGGCAGGAGUUCAGAUUUAUGGAUCAUUGGGAUCUCUUCUGGUGAGGGUAUGACCUGCAAAAAAGGGACCUGCAGGGGACAAGUAUCCUUCUGGGCAGGCUUGCUAGAGCUGUUUGGGAGGAUUUGAACUAAUUUGGCAGAGGGAUCGGGCUGACGAUGGGCUAUUUGGUUUACAAAUAGAGGCAGUGUGUAGUGAGACUGCCAGCAAGGAAAGGUUGAUGAUGAGGCAAAAUUGCAGUCAAUGGGAUGAGUUGCAAUGUAAAAAUGUGACAAAAUCUAAAAGGGUAAAUGCAGGACUGAAGGAAAAUUUGAAUGCAGGCAGAUGAACAUGCAGCAUAGUGGGAAAUUGGCAUGUAUAAUGUUGUGGGCAUCACAAAACUGUGGCUGAAAGAAGAUUAUAGCUGGAAGCUUAACAUCCAAAGAUACAUAUUGUACUGAAAAGACAGACAGGUAGGUCAAGGGGGUGGAUGUCUCUGUAGGUCAAAAAUGAAAUCAUUAGAGAGAAGUGACAUAUGGUCAGAAGGUGUUGAAUCAUUGUGGGUAGAGCUAAGGAACUGCAAGUGUAAAAGGUCCCGAAUGGGAGUUAUAAGCAGACCCCCAAACAGUAGUAUAGAUUUGGUCUACAAAUUACAAUAGAAGAUCGAAAAUGCAUGUCAAAGGGGCAAUAUAUUAAGUAGCUUGUUGUUGUUGAGCCCACCAGCUAUUCUGGAUUGGGUGUUGUGCAAUGAAGUAGAAUUGAUUAGAGAGCUUAAGGUAAAGGAACCCUUAGGAGACAGUAAUCAUAAUGUGAAAAAAUCACCCUGCAAUUUGAGAAGAAUAAGCCAGUCAGAUGUAUCAGUAUUACAGUGGAGUAAAGGGAGUUAGAGAGGCAUGAGAGUGGAGCUGGCCAUAAAUGAUUGGAAGCACACAGUAGCAGGGCUGAUAGCAGAGCAGCAAUGCCUGGAAUUUCUGGUAGCAAUUUAGACGGCGCAGGAUAGAUACAUCCCAAAGAAGAAGUAGUAUUCUAAAAGCAGGGUGUUGCAACUGUGGCUGAGGAUAGAAGUCAAAGCCAACACAAAAUCCAAAGAGAGGGUAUAUAAUAGAACAAAAUGUAAUGGAAAGUUAAAGGAUUGGGAAGCUAUUAGAAACCAACAGAAGACAUCAAAAAAAGUCAUAAAAAAGGAAAAGAUGGAAUAUGAAGGUAAGCUAGCCAGAAGUAUUAAAGAGGAUUCCAGAAGUUUCUCCUUAUAUAUAUAUAUAAAGUGUAAUAGAGAGGCGAGAGUAGGUAUCAGACUGCUGGAAUAUGAUGCUGGAAUUGUAGUAAUAGGGGACAAGGAAAUAGUGAAUGAUCUGAAUGAGUAUUUUGCAUCAGUAUUCACUGUGGAAGAUACACACAGUGUGCCAGAAGUUCGAGAGUGUCAGAGCAAAAAUUUGUGAAGGUGCCAUUACUGAGGAGAGAGAUCUUGGGAAGGUGAAAGGUCUGAAGGUAGAUAAAUCACCUAGACCAGAUGUUCUGCGCCGUAGUGUUCUGAAAGUAGUAGUUGAAGAGAUUGUGGAAGCAUUAGUAAUGAUCUUUCAAGAUCCAAAAGAUUCUGGCAUGGUUCUAGGGGACUGAAAAAUUGCAGACGUCACUCCACAUUUCAAGAAGGGAGAGAGACAGAAGAAAUGAAAUAGGCCAAUUAGUCUGACCUCAGUGGUUGUGAGGAUGCUGAAGUCGACUAUUAAGGAUAUGGUUUUGGGCUACUUGGAAGCACGUGAUGAAACAGGCUGUAAUCAGCAUUGUUUCCUUAGAAGGGAAAUCUUCCCUGAUAAACUUGUGGAAAUCUUUGAAGAAAUAACAAGCAGGAUAGACAAAGGAGAAUAGUUGAUGUUGUGUACUUGGAUUUUCAGAAAACCUGUGACAAGCUGCCACACAUGAGGCUGCUUAACAAGUUAAGAACCCAUUGUAUUACCGGAAAGAUACUGGCAUGAAUAGAACAUUGACUGAUUGGCAAGUGGCAAAGAGUGGGAAUAAAGGGAGUCUUUUCUGAUUGGUUGCCAGUUACUGGUGGUGUUCCACAGGGGUCUGCAUUGGGAUUGUUUUUUUUUACAUUAUAUGUCAAUGAUUUAGAUGAAGGAAUUGAUGACUUUGUAGCCACGUUUUUGGAGGAUAAUAAAAGAGGUGGAGGGGCAGGAAGUGUUAAGAAAGUAGAGAGGCUACAGAAGGAUGUAGACAGACUGAAAGAAAGGACAAUAAAGUGGAAGAUGGAAUACAACGUCGGGAAGUGCAUGGUCAUGCGGAUUGGUAGAAGAAAUAAAAGCAUAGGCUAUUUUCUAAAUGGAGAGAAAAUUCAAAAAUCUGAGAUGCAAAGAGGCUUGAGAGUCCUCAUGCAGGAUUCCCUUAAGGUUAAUUUCCAAGCUGAAUCAUUGGUGAGGAAGGGAAAUAUAAUGUUAGCAUUCAUUUUGAGUGGACUAGAAUAUAAAAGUAAGGAUGUAAUUUUAAGGCUUUAUAAAGCACUGGUGAGGUUUAAUGUAUUGUGAACAAAUGUGGGUUCUGUAAAAGAUGCGCUGAUAUUUGAGGGGGUUCAAAGGAGGCUCAGAAAAAUGAUUCCAGGUUUGAAAGGCUUGUCGUAUGGGGAGUGUUUGAUGGCUCUGGGCCUCUACUAACUGAAGUUCUGAAGAAUGAGGGGGGACCUCAUUGAAACCUACUGAAUGUUGAAGGGUGUUGAUAGAGCAUUUGUGGGGAGGAUGUUUCCUAUGGUGGGGGAGUCUAAGACUAGGGGACACAGCCUCAGGAUAAAGGGAUGUCCAUUUAGAAUAGGAUUGAGUAAUUUCUUUGGCCAGAGAGUGGUAAUUUGUGGAAUGUGUUGCCAAUGGCAACUGUGGAGGCCAUGUCAUUGGGUAUAUUUAAGGCAGAAGUUGAUAGGCUAAUCAGGGCAUGAAGGGAUACAGGGAGAAGGCAGGAGAUUGAAGAUGAGAGGGAAAUGGAUCAGUAAUGAUGCAAUGGCUGAACUAAAUGGGCCAAAUUGCCUAAUUCUGCUCUUACAUCUUCUGGUUACUUUUGGGGUAAAUGAGAGGAAAGCCAUUACCUAGCUUCUCCUGUCACACGUAAGAAUGCAAAUCUCACAAAUUCCGGACCAACGUCUCUAUGACCAAAGGCUUCUUCCCAGAGACAGAACCAAGCAGAAAACCUUGCUGAAAGUUGUGAACUUACUCAUCUCAGGUUAUCAGGUUUAGUGAUGCCCUCAACAGUCUUCAAUGAAAAUGAAGAAAUACCACAAAAGGAAUUGCAAUUUCUUGUUCAGGACAGCAGAGCUGGGAAUUAAGCAACGAUCAACUUUAGUCAUUGAAAUUGUAUGUGUUGCAGAGUUGCUUAGUGUUGGGUGCAGAUAAUAUUGCUUCAAUUUUAAUCUCUAAUAUGUCCUUUUUACUCAAAUAUUAAAAGAAAUCAACAGUG